CCCCCCCCCCUCCCCUCACGGAGGUGCUGCUGCUGCAGCUUCAAGCUGCUGGUGUUGCCGUGACGAUGAUAUCCUCCCCCAUCGACACGCUCGCAGAGACGGAGGAGAGGCAGCAAACGAGACGGAGUGAUGAAGGACGGCGUCAGGCCGGAGGAGAUGUCCCGCUGACCGACGGACGGCCGCGAACGGAGUGGAAAUAAUCUCCAGAAUCUACCCGGAUGGGAGGUCUGGACCCACCAUGACAGGCGACAGGUUUGACUAAAGAAGUCCAUCCUCUUCUCCUGAGUCUGCAGUGUUCAACGUCACAGAGAAGCUCACUACUGCUGGUCAGCUGCUCAUUAUGGGCUGCCAGACUCUAACGGGUUGUUCCUCAGAACCAGAACUUGUGAAGAACCACAGCUCGAGUGUGGUCCUCUCGGAUGUAUGAUGGAGUAAAUCUGAGGUUCCUCUGAAGCGAACAAACCAACAACCUGAGCGUAGAGCCCCCUCCUCUGGCUGCAGAGAGGACCACGGGGGUGUGAUUGGUCCCCCCACCCCCCAGCAGGCUGCCUCUCGCAGAUGGAGGCCCACCAGCACUCCCCAGAUAGCAGCAGUGAGGAGUGCACCGUCCUGGAGGCGCCACCUGGAAAAAACUCCUGCCCCCAACAUGCAGCCAAGCCUUGACUCUUCACCCCACCUGCAGGUCGCUGACGUGUACUGUUCGGCCUGCGAGUGCGCGCUGUGCAGCGACUGCGUGCCGGAGCAUGAAGAGCACCCGAAGGUGCCCCUCAGCGAGGCUCUGGAGCAUCACCGCAUUAUCCUGCAGGAGAGGCUGGGCGCCGUUCAGACCAGACUGCCCCAGAUUUCGGAUGCGCUGUCUUUCGUUAAGGAGAUUCUCCACCAGCUGACCAGCCAGAGGGGCUCCAUCGAGGAGGACAUCCAGUCCAGCUUUGAGGAUCUGCACAAGCAGCUGGACGUCCGGAAAAGUGUGCUGCUGAUGGAGCUGGAAGUCACCUACGGACUCAAACAGAAGGUCCUUCAAGCCCAAAUAGACAGACUCCUCCGCGGAGACGAGGACAUCUCCGGCGUCUGCACCCAGACGGAGGAGGCUCUGGCGGGCGAGGCGUGCGCGGCAAACCUGCAGGUGGAGCGCGACCUCGCGGAACGGCUGAGCGAGCUGGCUCACCUCUGCUUACCCAGCCAGCCUGAGGAGAACGACCAGCUGGAUCUGAUCCUGGAGACGGAUGGGCUGAGAAAGUCCAUCCACAACCUGGGGACCAUCCUUACCACCAGCGCGGUGGCGAGCCAGAGUGAAGCCAUGGGUGCCGGUCUGGAACAAUCCAUCGUUGGACAUCCUGCCUCUGUUACCAUAGUUACCAGAGACAAAUCCGGAGGGGCCUGCAAAAGUGGCAACGCCAUCCUCUCCGCUGAGGUCUUCACUCCAGAUGGGAGCAUAGUGGACGGCGAGAUCGUUGACCACAAGAAUGGCACUUAUGAGUUUGUGUACACAGUCCCGAAGGAGGGAGACUUCUCGCUGGCACUCCGGCUCUACAACCAGCACAUUAAAGGGAGUCCCUUCAAACUGAAGGUUGUCAGGGCUUCAGAGGCAGAGGUUGAGGUAUCUCCCUCCACAACAACAGCAACAAACUCAGCAGCUAACGCCACACCAUCCACUGGUUCCUCUGAGGGGGCAAAGAGACGAGGAAAGUCACCCGGACAGAAGAAGAAGGGCUCAAAAAGAGCCAGCAGUGCCCUAGGGACCCCCCGGCGCAAGACCCAGAACCCCAUUGAGGAUGACCUCAUCUUUAAGAUUGGGACAAAGGGGAGGAAUAAGGGCGAGUUCACCAACCUUCAAGGAGUGGCUGCCUCUUGUGGCGGCAGAAUACUGAUAGCUGACAGCAACAACCAGUGUGUUCAGGUCUUCUCCAACGAGGGAGAGUUUAAAAGCCGGUUUGGGGUCCGCGGACGCACGCCAGGCCAGUUGCAGCGGCCGACAGGCGUGGCCGUGCACCCCUCUGGUGACAUCAUCAUCGCUGACUAUGACAACAAGUGGGUUAGCAUCUUCACCAGCGAGGGCAAGUUUAAGGCCAAACUCGGCUCCGGCAGACUCAUGGGGCCAAAAGGAGUUUCUGUAGACCAAAACGGUCAUGUGAUCGUCGUCGACAACAAGGCGUGCACCGUCUUCAUCUUCCAGCUGACCGGGAAACUCAUCACCAAAUUUGGUAGUCGAGGAAACGGGGACAAACAGUUUGCAGGUCCACACUUUGCUGCAGUGAACAAGAACAAUGAGAUCAUCAUCACCGACUUCCAUAACCACUCCGUGAAGGUUUUCACCCCUGAAGGGGAGCUGGUGUUGAAGUUUGGCUCGAACGGUGAAGGAAACGGUCAGUUUAACGCUCCCACGGGCGUGGCUGUGGACACCAAUGGAAACAUCAUUGUAGCCGAUUGGGGCAACAGCCGAAUACAGGUCUUCGACGGCAGCGGGUCUUUCCUGUCGUACAUCAACACGUCUGCUGACCCUCUGUACGGACCGCAGGGCCUGGCGCUGACCUCCGACGGACACGUGGUCGUGGCCGACUCUGGCAACCACUGCUUUAAAGUCUACCGCUACCUGCAAUGAUGAAGGCUGGUGUGGAUGUGGGGAGCUGAAGAGGGACGAGGAGGAGACGCUUGGUGCAUGAUGAUAACUGCAUGAACCUGUGAUGUGGGACGACUGCAAGAAAAUGAAACUUCAGUGAAAUCUCAGAGUUUGAGGAAGGUCAUCAAGAGGAACGUCGUAGAAUGGAAACAUGAAACUUAUUGACACAAAUGGAAACGAUCGCAGAGAUGAACACAAAGGACGAAGAGAAUCACCAGACAUUUCCCCCCAAAGGUUGGUGCAGACGGCUUUAUCGUUAGAAGAGUACAGCAAAUGUUUUCUAGGUGAAUAAAUGUCAAAUCUUCAGUUUACAAUUCUAAGAUGGAUGGAAGGAUUGUUGGCAAAUGAAAGGAAUGAAAGUAUAAAUAGAUGAAUGCGGAGGAGAGUUUGGGGUUUUACUGUUCUGGGGUGUAAAUGAUAUUCACUUAAAAGAGGCCCCUGUCUUGGACAUUCUUUACUGAAACAUAUUAGUUUGCAUGUGAUGGUCAACUUAGACAAAAUCUUAUGUAAAGAAAGAAGAGUCGGUUUUCCAUCGACUCCCUAAUUAUUCAUUAGUUUGUACGGUUAGGAAUCAUUCAUCCGUAGACCGAGACAUGGGCCGCUUUUAGCCGGCGAUCUUUCUAGAUUGUUCGAUUAUGGAAUGUUUUUCUUUACGGUCCAUCAGCUGGAGCUCCAGUUACUCAGUAGAAUCGACUGCCUGAGCUUAACUUUGAUUGUCUGAACGACUGUGUGUGUUCCCUCCAUGUGUUUGGAUGUGUUUUCCUGAGAAAAAGCAGAAAAAAUCUACAAGUUCUAUUUGUGGGAAUUCCUUUCAUAGUGUGUGCAGAGCUAAAAUUAAGGAGCAUACCAUUUUAUGGUAAUAUCUGGACACAUCUGUGUGUACUCAUAGUUUUACUGAGAAAAAAACGACCAGACCGGGCAUUCUAGGUUCAGAUUCAUCCUUCUCCUUGACCUGGAGGUUCAAGUAUGUUCAAAAAUGUUCUCCUUUAUGACUUCAAAGUUCUAGAAUGUUCAGAUUCUGUUUUAUUUUAAACUUGAAGAUUUGAGAAUGUUCGGUUUUAUCCUCCAUUAUGAAUUGUAAGUUCUAGAAUGUUCAUAUUCAUUUUUAUUUAAAUUUCUAGAAUGUUCAGUUUUAUCCUCCUCUAUGAAUUGGAAGAUCUAGAAGAUUCAGAUUUUUUUUUAAUUUAAAGUUCUAGAAUGUUCAGGUUCAUUUUUAUUUUAAACUUGAAGGAUCUAGAAUGUUCAGUUUUAUCAUCUUCCAUGAAUUGAAAGUUCUACAAUGUUCAUAUUUUUUUUCAGUCGAAAUUUCUAGAAUGUUCAGUUUUUUCUCCCAUAUGAAUUGGAAGCUCUAGAAUGUUCAGAUUCAAUUUUUUAACAUGAAGGUUGUAGUAUGUUUAGUUGUAUCAUCUUUCAUGAAUUGAAAGUUCUAGAAUACUCAGAUUUUUUUUUUUUUUUGAAAGUUCAGUUUCUUUGGGAACUACCGGUUCUAGAAAGUUCAGAUUCAUGGUUCUUUGACAAACUUGGAGGUUCUAGAAUUUUCAGUUUUAUCCUCUUUUAUAAAUUAAAGGUUCUUGAAUGUUCAAAUUUUUUUAAUUAAAGGCUCUAGAAUGUUCAGUUUUAUCAUCGUAUGAAUUCUAGAAUGUUACAUUUUUUUUCUCAGACUUGAAAAGUUCUGGAAUGUUCUGAUUCAUCCUUUGGUGUUGAGUUAUGGAUUCUAGAAGGCCUUAAAAACAUUCAUGAAGUCCCUUCGGUUGCUUGAACCAUUCCAUCGCACGGAACGAAGAAACAACAAAAGAAAGAUGAAUCAGUGGUUUCAAAUCAUGUUCAGAUUAUCCUUCGAUGGUCUCAUGAACAUCUACAUGUCAUGAACUCAGUGUUUGCAGGUGACUAAGUAAGAGAGGACAGACAACGAAGAACCUAAUUUAGCAAAUUUCGAUCAAAAAAGACAGAAAAAUAUGAAACUUCUUCUGUAAAGUAACUCCGUUUAGGCUUGUAUAGAUCUAGAGGAUGUAUAAUAAAUCGGACCAAUUUUAGUUAAUGCAUAUCAGUUUAGUUUUCAUGCUGUAUUUACUCUACACAUGUUUUUUAUGCAAUUUUCUUCACAAAACAUAACUUUACCAAACAAAAAUUAUUCUUAUUUGAUUAAUAACUCUGAUAUGAAUUUUAAUUGAGUUAUUAUCAGAAACCUUUAACCAGUUCAGCCUAAAUAGCUAUCAAGCUUGGUAUCAGUGAGGUCACAGUAGUUGCUGAAUAUGUUUGUGUUUAUUUACAUUCUUGAUGCAGUUGAGUUUAGCUUAUUAUUAAAGUGCCAUUCAACAAAAGAACCCGAGAAACAUCCAACCCACCAGAAAUAAAAUGAAUUUAAAUUAUUAUUCAAAACAAUUAAAGACUUUAUGUAUAAUUCAGCUCAGAUCAGGAAUGUAUGUCAAAAUUUGCCUAUAAAGUGAAUAUAAUUAUACAGAUAGGAACUCCUUCUGUUAUAGUACUUGAGAAAUGAAUAUGACGGUCUCCUCUGUCCUCUUACGUUUUCUAGAGAGGAUCGUCAAUGUUAAGGGCUCUAAGAGUAUAAAUAACAAAAAACUUGAUGUCAGUAAACAGGAUGGAUGCUUCCGCUCUUUGAUGCUACAAGCUAUUUCUUUUAAAAGUUAAACCUGCUCAUAUAGUGGAUCAGAUCAACAUUUAAACCUUAUUUAUGUUUCAAACUGCACCCGUCUUGGCCUUAACUUAUUUUCUCCAGCAUUCAAAUAACAUUUUGAUCUGCAAUAUCCAACAAGAACAUCUAUUAUAAUUUGGAAAAAGAUGGUAUUUGUUCCCUUUCGUGACUCUACAAUGGAUUUUGACAGAAUCUGAACAGAGUUGUGUCACGGUAAUGAUGAGAUAUUGCAACAAAACAACAGCUCUAACAAUCAUAACUGUUGAAGAUGGACUGCAACAUUUGAUGGUAUAAAAGUUGUGUCAUCUGCAAAGAAACAUUCGCAGUUUUAGCGUCUGGUGUAGUAAAUACUUUACGUACAGAGUUGUGAAUGGGCUGCUGAGUGUUGAUGAACAUUCCCAUGAUUCCUCACGAGCAGUGAGGUCAAAUAUGAGAAAUGACCAAGAAUUUAUAAAACGUAUUUCUGGAAAGUCUUUUGUGACGCUAAUAUUCCGAUAUAGCAUUUACAUGAAUUACAAUAGACAAAAAAACAAACUUUUGCUGCAUUGACACAGAAUGGGACAGCUUUAUUGUGUUUUAUUUUCAAACUAUUAUCAUGGAUUCCUUAGAAUAGCUAUCAGUGAUUUUAACUUCUGUUCUUGAGUCUUAUGAAAGCAUACAAAUAAGACUGUUAUCAAUGCAAUAUGUAUAUGUUGUCUGAAUGUUAAUUUAUUUCUCUUUGUUAUUUAUUUCCAUUGAUGGUGUCACUGGAUUGUGUUGGAACUCUGAAGUGCCCAUGUUCUUUUAUCCGUUUUGUCUUAACGUGGAGAUGUGGAUGUGAAGGUGGCGUUUGACCUGAGUGGAGAUGAAAACUGUCCUCAAAUAAAACUCGUCUUUGCUGUUGGGGAACAAGGACCAAGCUAACUGGGUUAGAAACAUACCUGCUCAAAAUGGCCUUUUCUUCUGAAAUCAUUCAACUAAUUAAGCAUUUAAUCUAGUUUAAGCCUUUUCUUUCAUUACAUCUUUUUGUAUGAAUUCAUUUGAACGACGAUUAACCAGAGACUGUAUAUGAGAAAUGGACCAAGUGAGUGUGAUGUUAUCCGUAGAAAAGGGUUCUGACCAAAUGAAGUCAAUUCACUCAGUCCAGUUCUCAUAUACAGUCAACAUAACUAAAUCAAAUGUGGUAAAAUAACACAUCCUCAUUCCCAAGUUGUCCCAUUUUGACGUUGGGUUGAGGUCCCUCCGCGUCAUUUUUUGACGUUUUGGGUGUACCCAACUUGUUGUUUUUUUAUGUGCUGGCUGUUCCAAUUAAAUCAUGAGCUCAGUCAUUUGUGUCGUAUGUUGUACCAGACAUGGACCAAACCCCGGGACACGGCCAGUACCAAUAACCCUAACCCCAUUUGCCUAACCCUAGCCGGGUGCGGUUUACCUCCUGAUACUGGACAGUACUGAUUGAAUUGCCUGGAGUUUGUAGACCUUUGAUUUAAUGGGAACAGCCAGCAUGUAAAAAAAGGAAUAGUUAGGGACACCAAAAAGAACAAUUUUUAGAUGCAGAGUGGUCUUUAACCAAACGUCAAAAUUUGACGACUUGGAAAUGAGAAUGUGUUGAAUAAAAAUGUUUAGAAAUCAGUUCCUGAAGGUAGUAAAUUCAAACGCUGGUUUCAAAAUCCUUAAAAAAAGGCAAGUAAUAAUAAAAUGGAUGUAAUAUUUUUCUAAGAUUGUGCUGCCAUUCUCUGUGAGUUGGUAUGGACCCGACGUUUGCUGGACAUUCAGCCUUAAUACGAGUCGAUCACGCUUAUGAAUGUUGUUUGCGAUGAUGGAACCGCCUUCGAUUAGACGUGUGAUAAAACACAACACCAUCAGUUACUGCUUUAUGGACAGUUUCCCAGAGGACCCUUCAGUCACCUGCCUGCUCACCUCUCUGUCUUUACGGCUUGUCUUGUCUGUUCAAUGGUUUGUGAAUAUCCACACAGCACUCCAAUAAAAUUCUCCUCCAUUAACUCCA